AUGAUAAAACUGCUGCUCCUACUCUUCGCUCUCUGUGCAUCGCUUGUACAAGCCCUGUGGAAGGGUUGUUCCAGUCCCUGGCCGAGCAUUACCCCCGGCACGCAAUUCACCCUCAAGGACAAAUGCCGUACUCUAGCAGGCUAUCCAAAGAAGUUUGGAAAGGCUAAUACAGAAGUCAACGUGGCGUAUACGCAGCAAUGGAGCCGUCUACCCACCACUAUCAAAACAGCCGUAAACCCAAUUCUCAAAGAAUCUCUCGAAAAAAGCAUAGAACUCUACCGCAAUUUCGCAAAACUUCCAUCGAGCAUUGUCGUCAUUCUGACAACAGAAAAUGACGAGGAUUAUACAGCCGAGACUUACUAUCCUAGUCUUAGGAAGCCACCGUGUCAGAUCAAGUUGUUCAAGAGAUGGACCACUGAAGCAACGACUAAUAAACCUCGGGUGCUACAGGCUCUUGCGCAUGAGAUAUAUCAUUGCAUACAGAGCUUUGCGAACUACUUCAGUAACCUCGUCUUUCCUGACUCCAACGCCGAAUGGCCUGAUAGAAAGCAUAGCGGCGUCGCGUAUAAGCCGAAUAUGCCGAUCUAUGCACAUGUCGGUUUAGAAGCCUACGCGACUAGCAUAUUCUUCCAAGCGCAAGACAAGGUGGAUGACAAUGACUUGCACAGAUUUGUUCUGACAACACCUGGAGGAUCAAGCGGGCUUAAGGAACGAACUCGUCUAUCGCAUCUAUCAGGAUUUACUGAAGAGUUUUUCGAAUUCGCGAAAGAUUUCACACUACAGCAGAUCAAAGACGCCAAUGGAGAUAUCAUUCCAAUCGACAAGAUUGAUCCCGUUUCUGCAUCAAUCAAGUUUGACAAAGCGGGCACUACCGGCACCGCAACGCUCACAAGCACGCCGUUCACAAUCUCGAUCUUCAAGAUUACCAUUGACCCCGGGAGGACGGCAAAAAUCUACUCAUCGGCGAAUUUCAACCAGAAGCUUGCUUAG